AUUCUUCAAAAGAAACAAAACCCUAGCAGGUUUAGAGCGGAGAGUGGGACUUACAACGCUCUGUGUUCAAUGGCAAAGAAGAGAAAGGCAGCACCUCCACUCAAAUCACAACAACCAGAAGAGCAAAAACCGAAACCCAACCCAGUUGUAGUAAACCAUGAAGAAUCCGAAGAAGAAUCAUACGAAGAAAUAGAGGUGGAGGAGGAAGAGGAGGAUGAGGAAGAAGCAGAAGAAUCCGAAGAAGAAGAAGAAGAAGAAGAAGAAGAGGAGGAGGAGGAGGAGGAGGAGGAGGAGGAAGAAGAAGAAGAAGAAUCAGAACAAGAAUCAUCCGACGAAGAAGACGAGGAUUCAAAGAGAGAGACUUUGAGAAAACUCCUCGAACCGUUUGGCAAAGACCAAAUCAUAGAGUUCCUAAAAGAGGCCGCUCUCAACAACCCUUCCAUCGUUGCUAACAUCACCAAGUCCGCCGAGUCAGACCCGGCCCACCGGAAGCUCUUUGUCCACGGCCUUGGCUGGGACGCCACCGCCGACCAAGUUCUCUCUGCCUUCAAACCCCACGGAGAAAUCGAGGAAUGCAAGGUCGUCACCGACAAAACCACCGGCCGAGCCAAGGGCUACGCAUUUGUCCUCUUUAGAACCCGAGGCGGUGCCCUUAAAGCCCUCAAACAACGACAGAAGAAGAUCGGCAAUCGGGUCACGUCAUGCCAGCUCGCCUCCGCAGGCCCUGUCCCAAACCUGCCGGUCCCGGACUCGACUGGCCGGAAAAUCUACGUGGCCAAUGUGGGUCCCAACAUAAAUGUUGAUAAGCUUAGAUCAUUAUUUGCUAACUAUGGGGAGAUUGAGGAAGGACCAAUAGGGUUAGACCCUGUGACUGGUAAACCCAAAGGAUUUGCCAUUUUUAUAUAUAAGACAGGGGAAGGGUGUAAACAGGCGUUAGAAGAGCCUGUAAAGGUGUUUGAAGGUUGCCAAUUGCAAUGCCGGCGAGCCGUGGAAGGUCUUCGGAACAAUAAGAAUCAAACAGGUGGCAUGCAACAGAAUGAUAUUACUACUGCCACACUGAACUAUGGUGUUGGUGUGGCUCCCGCAAUUCUCGGUUCUAACGUGAAUCCGGCUGCAAUGCUGGUGGGACAGAAUCCAGGGAUUGGGCUAACAAAUCCGGUGUUAGCUUCAACUUUGAAUCAGACUGCUUUAGCCCCAUCAAUUGGGGCGAACCCGACUUUGGGGAUUGGUGGGAAUUAUGGUAUUAAUAGCAUAAGCCCAAGUAUGAUUGGUAGUUAUGGUUCCCAAGCAGCUUUGCAGGGUCUGGGGGCCUACCAGAGUUCUCAGUUGGGAAACUCUUCUGUUGGGGUGACAGCAGCAGCAGCCACCUCGACAACAGCGAGGCCUCAAUCUGGUUUUGGUUCUGCAGGGACAACCUUCCCCUCCUACUUCGGCCGCUAGG